AUGGUUUAUGAGUAUUUAAACGAUAGUAUUAAAAAAGAGAUUAUAGAAGAAGGACAAUGGGGGGAUAAACCGGAUGAAAAUAGUAAAUGCACUAUUACUAUAUUAGAUUAUGUUCCUCUUAAAGAUAUUAUUAACACGAUUACAACUAUUGGAGAUGCAGAUGGGGAUCUAUGGAGGUCUAUUCAAAAUUGUUUACUUACAAUGCACGUUGGAGAAAAAUCUAAAUUUGUUAUAAAAUGUUCCGACAAUGAUGUAUCUUUAGUCAUAAUACUUGUAGAUUUAGUUUUCGAUGGACAUAUCUAUGAAUGGCCCACAAAUAAAAAAGUCGAACUAGCUUUAUGUCACAAGGAAAAGGGAAAUGUACUGUUCAAACUGCAAAAUAGUAAAGAUGCUGCAUUUAGGUUUAUAAAAGGUUUAAAGAUUCUUCACUCGAUACCUAUUGAUGCUGAACAACCGCCAGAUACCAUUGAAGAUGUACCAAUAUCAAGAAUAAAUAAUAUUAAGGAAACGCUUUAUAAUAAUUUAUCCAGUUGUUAUUUUAGAAAUAAAAUGUGGGAAAAGGUUAUUCCUUUAGGCAAAAAGGUAUUAACGUAUGACCCUAACAAUGCGAAAUCUCUUUACAGACUUGGUGUUGCUUACGAAAACUGCAGGGACUUUGAAAGGUCAUUUGAUGCUUUAUCUAAACUGUUACAGUUAGAGCCUGAUAAUAAAGCUUGUUGUGAGCGUCUUUCCAUUGUUAAGGUUGAACUAAGAAAGGCUGAAAUUAGAGUUAAUGACAUGGUUAAGAAAAUGUUUCCUUUAAGCUAGAUUAGAUCUAAAUUAGGCUUUCUUAAUUAUUGAAGAUAUAUUUAAAAAUAAACGUGUUAUUAACAAAA